AAAAUCAGCAACAAACCAAAUGAAAAAACAAAAUAAAAAAAACACAAUGAAAUUAAUUAAUAUAUGAAAACAUGAAGUCAACAAUAAACAGUGAGGGCAUAAACUUAGCAAAUAGUGAGAGCAUGAAAUUAACAAAAAGUGAGAGCGUGAAAUUAACCAAAAGAAAGAGCGUGAAAUGAACAAAAACGACAACAUGAAAUCAACAUUAAGAGGCCGCAACAUGAAAUCAACAAAAACUGAAAACGGAAGUGAACUUCACAACGGAAACAGCAUUUUGAAAACGGAAAUGUCCACACCGGAAAUGAGAUUUUCAGAACGAAAUCUGUGCAUGCUUAGUUGGAAGAGAAAUCUGUGCAACGGACUAAUCUUCAACUGAUCACAUUUAAAGGCAGACAAUGUUUUGUCCCUACUGUGGCAGUCAGCUGGGCACGGGCGCGGCGCCAGCAUUUUGUUCCACCUGUGGGCGAUCGCUUGCCUUUCUGCCGUCAGGUGACCAAUCGUCCGCGGCGCUGGGAGGACCACCAACAGGACGUCAGCAUCCUCAAAAUUCUCCAACACUGACGGAUUUUUUUCGUUUCAAAGAAAUAAAAAACAAAGAAAGAUCCGUUAAUUUUACCACUAAAAGAAAGUCUCAGAAGGAUGCAGUAAGUUGUGUACAGAUUAAUGUAGGAAUUAUAAGGGAGUGUGGAGGAAUGUUAAAAAAAGAAAGAGGCAGGACAUUACCACUUCGAAUUUCUUCAAGAAGUUCCAAAAAUGAACUUUUGCAUGCCGCUGAGACAAAACUCUGCACAUUCAACAAUGAUUUACCACCAGGCCCAUAUGUGCUUUUGUAUGCUGAUGGGAGUCUUGUUAAUAAAAUACCAGGAUCUGCAAGUAAUUUUAUACUGCAAGACUACAAAAAUGAAAUUGGCAAACAAUUUAACAGAAUAACAUUCUUCAUCUGCCCAGAGGCUGAAUACAAUAAAUUAGAAAAUGACAGUAGUGAUCCUGAAGAAGUGACUAUUCAUCCAAAACAUAAAAUAGAAGAGGACUUUCUCAAUGAUACCGUGGUACACAAUUAAUUAAUUAAUAGGUUUAUUCAUUUAUAAUCACCACAGCUAAACCUUUCAUAGUGAAAUGUAGUGUAAGUAGCACUUAAAGUAAAACAGUUGUCAUAAUGUUUCACCCAAAUGUUCUGUAUAAACCGCUAACUAGCAAGUGUAUUUUGUAGAAACUCAGUUGCUGUUUUUUUUGUAAUUAUAUGUUUUUUUUUGUAAUUCACUUCUAUCUUUCAGCUUUUUGUCCACA